AUGGGAAAAGACUACUACAAAGUGCUUGGAAUCACGAAAGGCGCCUCGGACGAUGAAAUCAAGAAAGCCUAUCGAAAGAUGGCGCUCAAAUUUCACCCGGACAAGAAUAAAGAAAAAGAUGCCGAAGCGAAAUUCAAGGAAGUCGCUGAAGCCUACGAUGUGCUCUCCGAUGCAAAGAAGAAAGAAAUCUACGAUAGAUUUGGAGAAGAGGGAUUGAAGGGUGGAAUGGGUGAAGGCGGCGGCGGAAUGCCUGGUGGACACUACGAAUUCCAUUCAGACCCGAUGGAGAUGUUCUCGCAAUUCUUUGGCGGCUCGGAUCCAUUCGGCGGAAUGUUUGGAGGAAUGCCCGGCGGCGCUUUUCACUUUGGCGGUGCAGCUCCAGGGAUGUCCGGUAUGGACUUUGGAGGACAUGGUGGGCACCGUCGACAGCGUCAAGAUCCGACGGUGGUGCACGAGCUGGCCGUCUCGCUGGAGGACAUCUACAAAGGCUGCGUAAAGAAAAUGAAGAUCACAAGAAAGGUUUUGAACGCCGAUCAGCAAUCGGCCCGGGUGGAGGACAAAGUGUUGACGAUCAACGUGAAGCCGGGAUGGAAAAGCGGUACGAAAAUCACAUUCCCGAAGGAAGGAGACCAAUAUGCCGGACGAGUCCCUGCGGACAUUGUUUUCGUCAUUAAGGACAAAGCUCAUCCCAAGUUCAAACGAGAAGGUGCCGACUUGCGAUACGUACACAAAUUGUCACUCAAGGAUGCCCUUUGUGGAACGACCGUUGUGGUUCCCACUUUGGAUGGACAACAACAAGCACUCACGCUACGGGAUAUCAUAAAACCAAACACUACAAGGAGAAUCACCGGCCAAGGCCUUCCGAAUCCGAAGACGCCCAAUCUUCGCGGUGACAUCAUCGUCGAGUUGGUUGUCGAGUUCCCGCGCGAGUUGAACGCUUCACAAAAGGAGAUCCUCCAGAGUGUACUCCCGCCACUU